ACGAGAUUAGUCACCAUCAGUGAAGGCCGCGCCACCGCGGGCUGGACGAACUGUAGUGUGGAUCGUUGUCAUUUCCUUUUCAUUAUGAGUCGCACUGGAUGGACGUAUUGUAAGCCAACCCAGGACGUCCUAGACAGCCAGCGUGUGACUGCCUAAUUACUACCAGCAGACGCACACACUUUAGAGGAAGCAGGUGAAUCAGGCGGGCAGUGGUGUAAAGAUAGUGAGAGGAUUAUGCAAACAAGCCAAUCAUGGAGGGAAGCAAAGAUGGAGAAAAUACAAGCACCAGUGUUGGCACCGGCAGCUUCUACGGGUCACGCUCAGUCCCUUUGCGGAAGAGAUUCACUCAGGUGGCCAAGAGAGCGGAGUACAGUGAACAGCACCCUCUGCCCAAGGAGUACCAGCCAGGCAUUCUUGGUCCCCCCAUAACCUGGAAGGUCUUCAGGAGGCAGGCAGAGGCGAUCAAGUUUGCCCGGGUGAUGGGUAUGGGUUUGAUGGUGUUUUCUUUUGAAAGUGAUAUCAUUGGGACGGGAGGCAAGAGGAACUUCAUCGUGACACACCCGAAUCAGAUGUGGCUGAGGCAGGAAGAGCGAUUGCCAAAGAAGAGGUGCUCAUAUGAGGUGAUUCAGGAAGAGUCUGUGUGUAAGAUGUACUUUGAUCUGGAGUUCAUGCUGGCUCACAACCCAAGGAAUGACGGUGUUGCCAUGACCAACACUCUCAUUUGUAUUGUGUGUUACUUCCUCCAGAAGGAAUUUGGCAUUGCCUGCUUAGGGAAAGAUAUCAUUAUUCUCAAAGGAACGUCUCCUCUCAAAUUUAGCCGACAUUUGAUUUUUAACAUCCCUGGUGUUGCAUUUGCCACCAAUGCUGAUGUUGGCCGGUUUUUGGGGAUGGUUUGCAAUAAGAUCUGGCUGUGGAAGGAUGGCACAGUACCAAUUGAAGUCCCAGCUGUGUCCCUUCAGAAUGUUAAAGAUCUCUUUGUCCUCAAUUCCAGUGAUAAUGAAGUACUUUUUUGUGACCAGGCAGUUUAUUCAAAGAACAGGAAUUUCAGACUGUUUCUAUCCACUAAGCUUGGUCAGAAUUUUCCUCUUCUUAUUGCCAGGGAGAAUGAAUACAAACCCAAGAUUUUCCCUGGAGGCUGCGAGGAGAAGCAGAUGUUUCUUGACUCAUUGAUCACACUAGUGGAUAGUGAUUGUAAGAUACUCACAUAUAAGGAUGCUGAACAGCCUGCCAAGGACCACAAGCACACAAGUAACAGCAAUGGAAAUAAAGAUGUGGAAAUGAAAGGUUACUGUCAAUCCCCAUAUCCUGAAAUUGAUGAUUUUAUUCAGAGUCUCAUUGGUUCUGGCAGCAUUCACAGCUGGCAUUAUUUCUCCCAGAGAGAAGUCAUUGUUUACAACAUUGUGCAGUACAGGUUCUGUCACAACAUCAACAGGGAGCAUAAGAGGAACAACAUCAUGUAUGUGGUCAAUGUAAAGGAAGGCAUGUACUAUCAGAAGUGCCACGACCCAGAUUGUAGUGAUUUCAGGUCAUCCUCCUGGCCCCUUCCCAAGGCUGUCUUGUUCUGGCAAGCCAUGAAUGAAGAGGAGGUGAUGGACUGGAUUCACUCUGCAGAGGAAGAGGAUGACACAGCUACAAAUACUGCCAAAGUUAGUCAAUCAGUGGAUGAUGAUGCUGCUACUGGUGCUGCCAUGCAGAGCUCCCAAGACAGCUCUCUCUCCAGUAACCCAUGGGAAAGGCUCUCCCAGUUGUCCUCCCCCAACACCUCCUUUGUGGAGAGUUUUGCUCAGUCACAUUCAUCUUGGCCGAACAGUGUGGAUGCAGGGAGGUCUGUGCCCAGCGACUUUCCCUCAGAUGAAGGUUUCCUGGAGGCCGUGUUGCUGACUGAGAAACAGUUGUUGUGUGCUGAUAGUGAGGUGGAUCCAUCGUGUUGAUUGGAAUAUGCACAAUUUUCAUAAUGGUGUUUAUGUUAAAAGGACUUCAUUUGGUCUUUACAUUUUAUGUAUACCUCUGUAUUAUUCAUAAUUUAUGUAUAUGCAGGCAAAACAAAUUUCAAAUUAUCUUUAUUUCAAUUUGAGCUUAAUUGAUAAUUAAUAGAGUAAUUUUAUAUGUGAUGGAAGGAAUUGAUUCCUCAGUGUCUGCUCAACACAUUCAGUGCAAAGAGUAUCAUGUGAUGCCAAUACAGGAAAGCAGGAGGUGCUGCUAUUCUCUCCACACCUCAGAAGACUUUGCAUAGGCAUAAUGAAACACAACAAGAUGCAUAUGUUUUUACUUCAAAAUAAC